AUGAAGGCUUCAGGAAUGUUCAGAGCUGCAGCUCAGAGCAAUCGCUCUGCUGCGUCAAGACGCGGCGGCCCGGCUCAAAGCCUAAAGAGGGCUGCCACAAUAGCAAGGACAUCUUCGUGCUCUGCUAGUUUGACGGGCCCUUUGUCAUCGCAGAACCCGUCAUACCACCCAGAUUCCACGGCGAGACGACAACAGCAUCUCUUCACAGCGGUCCGAAUGCUACACCAAUCGCAUUUUCUCCUUAAAGCACAACAAUCUACAUCACCAUCCACAUCUUCCUCUACUUCCCCUGUGUCCGAAUCCGACAAAUCACGACAACUAGCAACCAAGAAUACCUCUUCAACCGAAGUAUCCGCACCAAAAGCCAACAAAUCACUUGCAGAAAGAGCAAAGGAAUUAUGGGCGACAGCAAAGUACCUUUUCAAAUUCUACUUCAAUGGUGUCAAACAGAUCUGGGCGAAUCGAACGCGAGUCAAGCUAAUCCAAUCUCGUGUUGCCGAUGGCGGAGCAGCCCUCUCACGUGAAGAGUCGCAGUUGAUACAUACGCAUCAAGCAGACAUGCGCAAGCUUCCGCUGUUUCUGUUUAUCUUGCUCAUCUUGGAAGAGGCGUUGCCGUUGGUGGUCAUCUGGGCUCCGAGCUUAUUGCCUUCAACGUGCAUCUUGCCCACCCAGUUGACCAAGAUACGCAUGGGCGAAGAGGUGAAGCGCGCAGAGGUAUUUGCGCAACUCAAGCAGUCCGAGAGCCUCAAGGAACUGCUACCCGUAGUGCAAGAAUCCAACGGUGGAUUCAAAUUGACAGAGCCACAUGUUGCAUCUGCAGACCUAGUCAAGAAGAUCUCAGCCGAAGAUCUCGUACGACUGGCCAAGAUGUUCGCGCUAUCCACGUGGGGAGGUUCAAGUAUGGUCCGACGAAGACUGGAUACCCACCUGGCGUACUUGCGUACAGAUGACCAACUCAUGUGCGUCGAUGGAUUCAGUGCGAUUCCACAACAUGUCGAUGCACUCGCCAAAGCCUGCGGCGAACGAGGCCUGCGAUGCACGGGCAUCGAACAUCGCGAAAUGUUCGAGUCAUUGCGAACGUGGUUACGCCUAACAACGAGGAAUCCAGAUACCCGUAGAAUGGAGACUAGUUCUUUGGCACUGCUUCCAUUGCAGUUAUACAACCCAGCCGCCUUGCAGGAGGUCAAGAGCGAAGUCGAGGCCGAAUCAGCACGUGGUUUAAUCGACAAGACCAAGGACGUUUUGAGAGAGGUUGUGGACGAGGAGAAAAAGGUACUGGAUAGAGACGAAAAGUCCAAAAUCGAGUCGGAACGUAAACAACAACACCAAUAA